UCCUGGAAUAGAUAAAAUAAAAACAACACUGAAGACAGUGAAGGGACUUUCAGAUGUGCCACAGUCAACACCGGCAGCUCCGGACACUCGCCAUGCAGUGGACCUUGAUGCUGCUGCUGCUGCUGACAUGGCUGCACCAGAGCCUGGGGCGUCGCUCCCAGGAGAGGGCUCCCCUCUUCCGUCUCACUCAGCAGAAUCCCUGGGACAGCGGUGACAGCAAUGUCACCGACUCGCCUUGUAAAGGACUCCCCACCGUGGUAACCGACGCUUUGACCUUGGAGAACCGCGGCCUGGAACACCUGCCCCGCUGCCUGCCGCGCACGCUGCGCAGCCUCGACGGCAGCCACAACCUGCUGCGCGUCCUGAGUGCGAGCGAGCUGGGCCACCUGCCCGAGCUGCAGGUGCUGUCGCUGCGCCACAACCGCAUCGCAGAGCUGCGCUGGGACGCGGAGAUGCCUGCCAUGUUGCACACACUGGACCUCAGCUCCAACUUGCUGGCCGAGUUGCCCCCGUGCGCCGGGCCCGCGCUGCACAGCCUCCGUGUGCUGGUGCUUGCCGCGAACCCGCUGCAGGCGCUGCGGCCGCGGGCCUUUGCCUGCUUCCCCGCGCUGCGGCGACUGAAUCUCUCCUCCAGUGCGCUGGGCCGAGGCGAUCCAGGGGGCAUCGCAGAGGCUGCGUUCGUAGGAGCAGCCGGUGAGCCCCUGGCCACUCUUGAGGUCCUGGACCUCAGUGGCACCGACCUGGAACGAGUUGAGUCUGGGUGGAUCAGAGACCUGCCAAAUCUCACAUCCCUCUACCUGAGGAAGAUGCCCAGACUACGGAUCCUGGAGGGAGGCAUUUUUAAGAUGACCCCUAACCUGCAGCAGCUAGAUUGUCAAGAUUCUCCAGCACUUACUUCUGUCCACACACACAUCUUUCAAGAUACUCCUCGUCUGCAGGUCCUUCUGCUCCAGAACUGUAACCUAAGUUCCUUUCCUCCUUGGAUGGUGAAUUCCUCCGAGCGUCUAUCUGUCAGCCUCUUUGGUAACCCCCUCAUUUGCAGUUGUGAGCUGUCCUGGCUCUUCAGGGAUACAAACAGAACUGUCCUAAGCAGGGCUGCAGACACUGUGUGCACACCAGCUAGGGGAUCCGAAAGCCCCUUCCCAGCUCCUGUGCCCCUUUCCCAGAUGCCUGUUAUGUGCAAGUCCAGCCAAAGCACCACCCUCCUGGCUCCUACCCUUCAUCCCUUCCACAGCUCAGCCUACAUAUCUCCAACACAGAGGCUCUCCACUGAGCAGAGCCCAGACCGCUCUGCUCAGCCCACAGGUCAGCAGAGUGUCACCAAGCCCCCCUUCCACACUGUGGCUCCCCUCACACAAGCUUUGUGGAUGCUCAAGAAUGCUGGGAAAGGGAUCAGCCUGUUCACUACCAACUCCACAGCAAGUUACAGCAAUGGGAAUGUUCCACCCAGAGCUGCCAGCACAGCGGGGUCAGAGCGUGGAGAAUACGCUGGCAGUCUCAGCCUUGAGCCGGGUACCUCAUCUGCCUCUACUCCACUGACCAGCAAACACCUCGAUCCAUUCUCUACCCCCGGGAAGCCCACAAGCACGUCUCAGCCUCACCAGACGACCACGUCUCUGCCUCAUCUGAGUACUCAGGAGGUUGAGAUUCCAAUCUUCCUGUUGGAUGACAGUGAGGAAGAGGAGGGGAGCAAGGAAGAGAUGAGAGCUACUCACCAGAAUGUUCUUUGUGAUUACCAUCCCUGCAAGCACCUGCAGACCCCAUGUGCAGAGCUGCAGAGGCGCUUCCAGUGCCUCUGCCCUGGCCUCAGCAGAGAAGACACCAUCCCAGACCCGCCAAAGCUACAAGGGGUGCUGGAGAUUGCAGACUCAUCCGCCCUCAUCCACUGGUGCGCCCCCAAUUCGGUGGUGCUUGGAUACCAGAUCCACUACUCUGCAGAAGGCAAGGCAGAGAACCAUUCAGUGGUGGACAUCUAUGCCACCGCCAGGCAACACCCCCUGUACGGGCUCUCGCCAGCCACCACCUACCACGUGUGUGUGCUGGCAGCCAAUAGGGCAGGCCUAAGUCCACUGCCAGCCUCCGGUUGGAGGAGGCCAUGCACCACCUUCACCACCAGGCCCAGUUCAGUGGGCAUCUUUGCUGGCCUAUGUGCCACCAGCGGCCUGCUUCUGGUCAGCACCCUGGUGCUGUCCCUGUGUCUCUGCCGACAAUGCCAGACACUCAACAGGCCACACUCUGACACACCACUGGUGGCCUUCAAAAACCAUCAGUUCUUUUGAGCUACUAGGGAUUAUAGUUUGGUGGUAGAACACUUCCCCAGCAAAGUGCAAAGCCCUGGGUUGAUCCUUGGCAGCCAGACCAAACAACAAACCACUGAAGUCCCAGGCCUCCAAUGAGCCCAGCUUCCUUCUAGUGGAACUGGAUCUGUAAUGCAGAAAGGAAGCUAGAGGAUCCCUAACUGGCCACCUCGCCUCUAAUUCCUCCAAAGUCAGAAGUCAGAAGGUCCAGGGCAAAUGUGAAACUUGCCAUACUGCUUCUCUGGCCAAGAAACAUUUUCUUUCCUCCCUC